CUUCCCAGUCGGACGUAAUCUGCCGGGAAAGAGGAGACCCUGGAGGAUUCGGAGACCGCGCGUGGACCGGAGGGUCUGGAGAACGAUGAGGAUGAAGAGGAGACGCUGCCGCAUUCCGAGGCUGUGGACGUGUUCCAGGAGGGUCUCGCCAUGGUAGUGCAAGACCCACUUCUCUGUGACCUACCGAUCCAGGUUACUUUGGAAGAGGUCAACUCCCAGAUAGCACUAGAAUAUGGCCAAGCAAUGACAGUCCGGGUAUGCAAGAUGGAUGGAGAAGUAAUGCCUGUGGUUGUAGUGCAGAAUGCCACAGUUCUGGACUUGAAGAAGGCCAUUCAAAGAUAUGUGCAACUCAAGCAGGAGCGUGAAGGGGGCAUUCAGCACAUAAGCUGGUCCUAUGUGUGGAGGACAUACCAUCUGAUCUCUGCAGGAGAGAAACUCACAGAGGACCGGAAAAAGCUCCGAGAGUCCUUCACAAGCCUCAGGUUGGGGAAUCAAAAUCCUUCUGUGGGUCAGACUUUACCCUUUUUAAAAAUUUUUCCCAGUUAUGGUAUCCGGAAUCGGGAUGAGGUAUCCUUCAUCAAAAAGCUGAGGCAAAAGUGAACCUCAGUCAAGGGCAACUUUAUUCGUGAUGGUGGAGCUUUUCCCAGCAAGAUGGAUUCCCUCCGGUCAUUGUCCUCAUAAAGUGUCAAGAUGACUGCACUCACAGUGUGCCUAGUGGAUGCAGCUGUCAGCAUGAAUCCCGGGUUGGCUGUUUUUGCUUUCCUAUGAACUUGACCUGACUUCUUCCUGGAUUUAAAAACUGGUUACAGGGCUGGGGGCCUGGCCUUAUGUAUCAUAAAAACCUAUUUGCUUCAGAUUUUUAAGUCAGAAAGCCACAGUACCCUCUGUGGGAGGGUGUGGAUUUGCCUCAUCACAGAGGGCAAGUUAUGGCAGAGAGCUGGUACGGGUGAGUCUUAAAGUCUAAGAGACCAUACCUGAGUCCUGUGACCACACCACAUGCCUAUUACCAUGAUCUCCACAGCAACGAUUUGUAAAUAAAAGCUAAGCAACUGUUUCCUGUUCACGCGUGUGAGAAAACAAGAGCCUAUAUCCCAGAGCCUGCAUGGGCAGUGAGCAUGUGACUUAGAUAUACCUUGGCCUCAGCUCCCUACAGCAACACUUUAUCCAGCUCAUUGGAAAGGGAAGUAGCAUAGGGAGGAAACAGGAGCUGCUGGGGAUAGAGGUGGGGCGUUUCCCACUAUGAGCAUGGGAAACAGUGGCAGUACCUCUGUAGGUCCAUGUCCCAGCACUGGCUUACUGGCCCCUCCAAGAAAUGGGGGGCAAGGUACACCUACAUAACUGCAGGCCUUUAGAGAUA